AUGGCCGAUAGUGAAAAUAAAGCGCGUCAGAAGUUGGAGGAGGCGGAAAAGAAGUCGAAGAAGUCCGGUGGAUUCUUUGGCCUUUUCGGCGGAGGUGGAAGUAUCCAUGAAACCUGUGAUCUUUACGUUCAGGUAAGUCCACGUUGACCCAUUUUUGUUGUGAUUAUUUUGAUCUGGGUUUGUAGUUCAUGCUGUAGUGUAUAGGGUUGUUAUUUUUCCAAUUUUUGGCACUUUUGUGUUUAGUCGGGGUCGUCGUGCUCUCAGAUUUCUUGCCCGGUCCCUCGAUGUCUUGCCAGUUUCGAGAAUGUUGCUGAUUUUGAAGAUCAUUAUCAAGAAGCCCAUAGUCAUGAAUGCGGAGAAUGUGGGAACAAACUUAUUUCGUCAAAGGCUUUGGAAGUCCAUUUAGAGGAGGAACAUUCAGUAUUCUUCCAGUUGAAGGCAGAAAAGAAUCCACACGAGCUUCAUUUCUUAUGCUAUAUAGAAGAUUGUGAAGAGAAGUUUGACUCUAAGAGUAAGCGAGACGUUCAUGUAUUAGAACAACACCACACUCAAUCCCCGAUAACGAAACUUGAUGGAAGAAAGAUGGAGAAGAUAGAGAAAGAUCUUUCUCGGUUCAGGAUCUCAGACGACAGAGGGCCGCGGUUUGGUUCUGAGCAAGAAAAAGGAUUCCCCGGGGUCCGCAAGAUUUUGAAGCCGUCGAGAAAACAUCUGUAGUGUUGUAUGUAAAUCGUGAAAUACGUUUAUGCUAUUUUAUUGGUUAUAGUCGGAUAAAAAAAAUUAUUUUUAGGCCGGAAACCUGUUCAAGGUAGCCAAGAAUUGGUCGGCGGCAGGUAAUGCGUUCCUAAAAGCAGCCGAAUUAUAUGGUAGUCAACAGGACAGUAAACAUGACAGUGCUCGAGAGUACGACCAGGCUGGUAAUUGCUUCAGGAAAGUAGAUACGACUGUAAGUACUUUGAGGGGAAUAUCAUUCUUUUCUGUUUUUAGAAAGCUGUUGAUUGUCUGUCCAAAACCGCCGAAAUAUAUACUGAUAUGGGCCGCUUCAAUAUGGCUGCAAAAGUUCAUACCACCAUCGCAGAAAUCUAUGAAACGGAGUCACCUGAUAAGGAGAAGUGUGCAAAGCAUUACCAGAUUGCUGCUGACUUCUACAAGGGCGAGGAGUCCAAGAGCUCGGCCACGAAGUGUCUUGUCAAAGUGGCCCAAGUUUCUGCUGAGUUAGAACAAUAUAGAAAAGCCAUUGAAAUCUACGAGGAGAUCGCUUUGUGGGAGGCCGAUCAUCCAACCCUGAAAUAUGCGGCCAAAAAUCAUUUCUUCCUGGCCCUCUUAUGUCAUAUUUGUGUUGAUCUGGUAAGUGUUUGUUUGGUUUUCAUACUGUUAUUUUUAGUUGGAUUCUCAACAAGCUCUAAGACGUUAUGAAGAUGCCUCUCCUUCCUUUGCUGAUUCCAGGGAAUACAAAUUUGUGAAGGAAUUAACGAUUGCCAUGGAGGAGCAGAACCCGGAUGUGUUCACCGAGACAGUCAAGAACUUUGAUAAGAUCAGUCGUCUCGAUCCUUUCCAAACAACUUUACUAUUAAAGGCCAAAAGACUCUGUGGAGAGAGCUCUGGCCCGGCGGUCGGAGCUGCUGCUGGAGAGGAAGAAGAGGAGGAUCUGCGAUAA